AUGUCUAACAAGACACGAGAAUUAAAGGAAACAAAACCAAAGAGAGACACGUCGACGGCAGCUAAAUCGACAAGAACUGUACUAGCAGCGCCAACAUCGGCAAAAGGUAUAUUGAAAAAAACUGAACCGACGACAAUGGCAACGAAGAUGACAACGUCGGGAGGAACCAGUUUGGACUCAAGUACAGUGGCAGCAUCUGUAUUUAAACAACAUGCCCCAAUGAUAACUCCACUGGUAACAACUAUGUCGACAGCAGAUGUAUCGGAAUCAAGUACAUUAGCCGCGAAUGCAAAAUCUCCAAUUUGCAGGGUUUCUCUGUAUGCAUUGAGGUACUUCAUCGAUUCUGACAAACUGAAACUGCAAGCGGUUUUUGGGCCUAAACUUGCAUUAGAUUUUGAGGAAAUUGUCCGACUGCCCAACGACAAGGAGCAAGCUUACGUUCCAUUCGUGUUUCAACUAUCUGCCAAUGUACAGAUAGACGUCGACGGUAUUCCUUAUGUUGUGACCAAAAAAGCCCGUUAUCGUUGUACAGAAUAUUACUUACGUGUUGAAAAGUCAGCUUUGUUUUUCCAGUCUUCCAAAUGUGACGAAAUAGCACGAAGAUCGAUGAGUAACAACAGAUCAUCACAUCAAUUCCUUCUUGAUUUACGUUUUCCAGAUGAUCGCGAUAAUGCUCUUUUCGGUAAGUUUUUUCGGUAUUUUAUUGCAUAUGGUGAUCGUUAUCUAUGUCUUGCUUUGCAAAAACAUUUUUGA